UUACACUUGAUUGUGGCAAAGCUGGAGUUAGCAAAGGAUCACAGCAGGCUGACAGAUGUGCUCCGCUGCAGUAGUAGUCCGACAGGACCAAGUGCUGUCGCCUGCAGCUGUCAGCAUCGUGUCGGACGCCCUCAACUCGAGUGACCUGGAUGUGAAACUGGAAUAAAGGCCGAGUCUUGCUUUAUUUUGACAGACGGUUACAACCCUGCGAUAGAAACGGGAUGGUUGCUGCAGCAGCGGGGAAGCUAGCUAACUUUAUCAGCCGGCGAUUUCACCCGCUUUUGUCUCCAAGAACGAAUUUAUUGUAGAAGAGAAAAAACAAUGAGGAGACACUAAGGUGCGUUUUGGCCGGCUAAAUUAGCUGUCUUGUAUUGAGCAGAAUGGAAAACAGGUGCCAAGAGGAGCGGGGAACAAUGUUGUUAUUAGCCAGUUAGCUAACGUUAGCGCAGCUAGCUGCUAGUUAACCACAUCAAAUUAGUGGGCUGAGUUAGCCAGGCUAACUCAGCCCACUAAUUUCAAUAGGUGCACACAGUAUUCUAGUUUGUUUGCUGUCUAACGUUAGCUACUUGGAUAGAUUAACUUAGUGGCAGGUUUACCCAGUGACACGCCUCUUGCUUUCAGAGUUUGUCAAUUUUCUGCUGUAAACAAAGCUAGCUAGCUAACCAGCUGUGCCGAUCAGCGCAGAAGUCGAAGCUACAGUCCGCGGUGGUGUCACUGCAAUCUGUUGGCUGCACAACUCAUAGCUUUACCACUGUCAAGCGGAGGACAACCAUGGCUCAAGAAGCGUUUCCUUUGCAUUUUCUGGUGUGGAACAAUCAGUACCUGGAGCUUGAUCGAGAGCUGCAGAAGAAGGAGCAGGAUGUGGAGCGCCUGGAUCCGAGGGGGCGCACCCCGCUGGAGCUGGCUGUGUGUCUGGGCCACCUGGAGUCCACCAGGGUGCUGCUCAGACAUUCUGCAGACCCGACACACUGCAGCGCACAGGGCUGGACCAUCUUGCAGGAGGCAGUGAGCACCGGAGACCCAGAGCUGGUCCAGCUGGUGCUUCAGUACAGAGACUUCAAGCGGGCCACUGAAAGACUGGCAGGCAUCCCAGAGCUGCUCAGCAAACUAAGACAGGCUCGGGACUUUUAUGUGGAGAUGAAAUGGGAGUUCACCAGUUGGGUGCCCUUGGUAUCAAAAGUGUGUCCGAGCGACGUAUACCGAGUGUGGAAGAGUGGCUCGUGCCUCCGUGUGGACACCACCCUCCUGGGCUUUGAGCACAUGACGUGGCUGAAAGGACGGCGCAGCUACAUUUUCAAGGGUGGAGAUGACGGGGCGGUGGUGAUGGAGGUGGACCAUGAGAAGCAGGUUGUGUACACAGAGCCGCUUGUGUUGUCCCCUCGUGAUGCCCCCUCCCUCCUAGCAGCCAUGCAGCCAUCGCAAGAGAACACGGCCCAGAGGCUCACGUCGCCCAUCGUCUCCACACACCUCAACACACGCAACAUUGCCUUUGAGCGAAACAAGUCGGGAAUCUGGGGCUGGCGUUCUGAGAAGAGCGAAGUCGUCAGCGGGUAUGAAGCCAAGGUUUACAGUGCUACCAAUGUGGAGCUGGUGACUCGGUCGAGGACAGAGCAUCUAUCAGACCAGGACAAGUCAAGAAGCAAAGGCUCAAAGACUCCUCUGCAGUCUUUCCUGGGGAUUGCUGAACAACAUACAGCUCACAAUGGGAGCAAUGUGUCCCAGUGUGCCAGUCCUCACAACCCCACAGCCAUCACAGCAGAGGAAUACUUCAACCCAGAGUUCAACCUGAACGGCCGGGACAUCGGACGUCCCAUCGAGCUUACUAGCAAAGUCCAAAGGUUUAAAGCAACACUCUGGUUGAGUGAGACUCACCCUCUGUCUCUGGCUGAGCAGGUGACGCCCAUCAUUGACCUAAUGGCCAUCUCCAAUGCUCACUUUGCCAAGUUACGUGACUUCAUCACCCUGCGCCUUCCACCAGGCUUCCCUGUCAAGAUAGAGAUCCCUCUGUUUCACGUUCUGAAUGCCAGAGUGACGUUCAGUAACCUGUGCGGCUGCGACGAGCCGGUCAGCUCUGUGACGGUUCACAAACCAGAGAGCUCCGAAGAAGCUGGUCAGUCUCCACCUCCCUUCCACUGUGAAGUGGACCCUUCAGUGUUUGAGCCCCCUCCAGACUACACAACCCUCGGUCCAGGUCGCAGCGAGCCAAUGAGGGACGAGGAUGACAACCUGCUGCAGUUCGCCAUCCAGCAGAGUCUGCUGGACGCCGGCACAGAGAGCGACCAGGUGACUAUCUGGGAGGCCCUGACCAACAGCCGCCCUGUGCCCCAGUCUCCACUGUACGAAGAAGACUCUCAGCUGGAGAGGGCGAUCCAGGAGUCCUUGUCCAUCUCACUGGCGAGCAGAGAGGGAGAAGACAUGGCCGACCCCAGCCAGCCCGCCUCCGUCUCCCCGUUGGACCCCACCGCCAACUCUCCGCUCUCCUACAGCACAGCGACUGACCCGCGGUUGUCUGGACACUUUGGCGUGGCGACCAGCUUCGACGAGCAGCUGCGUAUUGCCAUGGAGCUGUCGUGCAGGGAGCAGGAGGAGAUGGACAGGAAGCGUAAGGAGGAAGAGGAGGAGCUGGAGAGGAUCCUGCAGCUGUCACUCACUGAGAAGUAAUGUAACAACAGCAGCAGAGGCAGGUCUACAUCGGGGAACAAUCAUCUUAAUUUAUUACGUUUCUUUCUUUUGUUUUUUUUUUUUUUUUUAAAUCCUAAGAUGUUAAGUUAUUACAGAUAUUUUAUUUGUCUUUCUCAAACGAAGGCUGCUACAACAGAAAGUCAAGGACCUGAACAUGAGAAACAUGAAGUAGAGGGUAAAGAAGAGAUGAAACAGGUACUCUGAAACACACUUUAGUGAAGGAGACAAAAGGGAGAGAGUCUUUGUCUUUUUUAUUGAAUAUUUUUCACAGUCUUGCUGUCUUUAUUGAGUGAUGAAUGAUCCUUAAACUUUAAACCUAUAACAUGAUCUGUGAUGAUGAAAAACAACAAAAUACAAUCUUAAUGGAAUAACUUAAAUAAAAAUAUGAUUAUAACAUUUGAAACAUUUAUGUUGGCUUACUCCUACGUGUGAAAAAUAAAGAAUAAUGAUCAUA